AUGUCUUUCUUCGGUUUCGAUCCCACUGGCCCCGGCGCGCACAAUUCGGCCGCCCCUGGCUUUGCCCAACCGUAUGAUUCAUUUGCCGCCCUCUCUGGCCAACAUGGCGAUGGCGAAGAUGCUCUCGACUUCGAAGAUACCUAUUACGGACUUGACGAUGCUGACGAUGCCAACAAUGACGAAACAUUUGGCCAGGAAUCUUUUGACGUCGACGAGCAAGGCAAAACGGCUGGCGGAAAUCCACUUUCUGCCGCCGAGCUUGACAAACUCGACUUCAUUAAAAACACUGCUAAACUCGCAAAUUCUGCGGAGGAGGAGCAUCUCCGCUUCAGACUCCAGCACCAGGGCCAGCCUGCUGCCGCUCCCGCCCACUCGUACGCUCAGCAGCCAUACGCUCAACACGGUUACGCACAGCAGUCAUAUGGACAGUCUUACUAUACAGAGCCCGUGCCUGUUCGCACCGGUUAUGAAAAGUACAAUGAACCCGAGCCUCUACCUGAUCUGCAUGUCGACCAGAGCAUUUGGGGCAUCGGCCCCUCUAAGACAGCUGCUGCCCCGAAACCGGCUCCUCAACCGGCCCUAUCUAGCAGUGUCGGCAGGAAGAUGAUGAGCUUGGAAGAGGUUGAGGCGGCCAUGCGCGCGCAGGCAAAGCCAUCGCCGCAGCCAGUCAUCUCGGAGCUUGCUGCGCACCAGCACACUCCUGGCUACCCGCCCGCUCAGCAUGCCUCUCCUCUCCCUCAACACGGCCACGCGCAACCUGUCGCCAUCUUACAGCGACCCCAAGCCUCACAGGCCAAGGUUACACCCACUCCGGCGGCCAAGCUGCCUGUCCCUCCCGGGCAGCAUGACCAACACAACAACUUCCAACGACAGGCCGUUCCCCCAGUCCAGCCCAUGCAGAUCCUCCAAAAUCCCAACCGUUUGUCGACCGAUGCAACUCGUGCGGCUGUUGACCAAGAAUACUCUCAAUCGCCAAGCGUUGCCUCCAAGCUGGCGCAAAUGAGCGCUCAUCCUCAACUGGCCCACAUGUCUGAGGAGGAAAAGGCAGCAUAUUUGGAUCAAGAGACAAAGAGAGCGAAGCGCAACCAUAAGAUUUGGCUUCUGUCCAAGGAUAACGGCGUCAUGACCCGCCAAGACAAGAGCUUCAUCAGUCGUAUCCAGCUCCAGCAGCUUGUUUCCGCAACUGGUGAUCCUACCGAGCAGAGUUCCGACGCCUCCCUCUCCGAGGACUUUUACUAUCAAGUCUAUAGCCACAUCCGUGCCGGCCAGCAUCAAGACCCUCGCCAACCGCUCAGCAAUUUUGCUCAGACCUAUCUUUUCCAGACUGGUGGCCGCCAUGGCAACAUGCGCCGCCAUGGCAGACCUGCUGAGAAUCAUAUUCAAAGAAUGGAACAGCAGGUCCAACGGGCUGUUGAGGCGGCCAAGAAUAAGCCCAAGAAUCCUCAGCUCGUAAUUGCCGGCAGUCUGGGCAAGAUCUCCUUCAGCAAUGCUAAAACUCCAAAGCCUUUACUCAAUAUCAAGCGUACCGCGGAGAACGAGGCUCACCACCACCGAGCUGGCAGUGAAAGGAAGUCACCCGCUAGCAGCCUUGACCGUAAGACCAUCUUGCGCAAUGCCGAGAAGGUCUACGUUACCUUGAUGCAGAUUGAAGACCACGUUCGACUCAUGCCACCUCCUCUGACCGACCAAGCAGACCAGGCGCUGCAGGAAAAGCAUCGAGAGUGGGCUACGGCACUCGAGCUUCUGAAUGCCCGGCUCUGGGAAGAACUGAAGGUACACGAGCCCAUAGGAGUCAUCGUUCCUCACCCUUUUAUUGCUUUCUUGUCCUGCGCAAAGGGCAAGAAGGCUAUUCCCCGAAUUUUCCCUCACCUCAGCUUCGAGCAACGGACCACGAUUAUGACGAUGAUCAUUUACCACCUCGACCAGCUGGACGUCGUGAAGGGAGCGGAUGUAUCUGAUGACGAGACUGUUUUGAACCCAAGGAUGUGGGAGAAUAUUGAUCUGUUCAUGUCGACUGUCAUGCCAUCGCUCAUGCAAUUCUUCAAUAAUACCGGGCUUGACAUUGUGGAUGGCGUGUUGAAUCUAAUUGCUACAAACUUGAACGUUGAUGCGAUUGCCAAAACCAGAGUUGGAGUCUCAAUGCUCACCCUGAUUCUUAGCCGUGCUGUGCUUCUGAAGCAGAAUGGUGACGGUACCCCUGAACAAUGGGAGAAGGACCAAACAUACGAGACCCUCUUUAGCCGACUGGAAGUGUCGCUGCCUUACAUGUUCCCCGGCAGCAUCGAUUCCGGAUCAGACGUUUAUGUCUGGCAGCUCCUUGCAGCUCUGGGUCUGGGUGCCAGCAACGACCAACAGACUCGUUUGGUCCUUGCGGUCAAAGACCGUGUCAUUGGCACCAUUACUCUAGCCAAGACGCUUCCUCCGGCAACGGCAAAGGAGCGGCUGAGCAGCGUCAACUUAUUCCUGCACUCCAUUGGCCUGGAUGCGGACAUGCUGAUGGGAUAGUAAAGGCGACCUGAAGGUGCCCUGAUUGAUUUUGAAAGAGAUUCAAAACAAAUUACAUGUUUAUUUUACACCAAGAAAUUCUGGAAUGCGUAAAGCAAAUUGGAAGGAUUGGACUACAAGCAGUUUUUGUGCUUAUGCUAUGCUUUGGGAAGAAGAGGAAAAAAAACAAGCUUGGGCGACUGUGGAGGGAAACUUUGUCGCUCAGGAUUUGUUAAAGAAGAAAAGUGAAAACAUGCAGCGUUACAAGGGUAGCUAGUUUUCGUGGGCAUUCAGCGGGAUACUAUCGUUAGGGUCAUGUCAGAUGUACUAUUACUAUACCAACGACUUGCGAGGGGCAGCAGCGAUGGGAAUUACAUUCGGAGAGGGCUGAGCGGUAGUAUAAGUAAGGAGUGGUUUAUCAUGGUGGGGGGGUUUCUUUUCUUUUUUUUUUUCGUUAUCAUCAGCUCGAAAAUUGAUCCUUGGUAUUGAGGAUAAUACUUUUUUUUUCUUGGAUUAGUUUGGCGCAUGUAGCCGAUGAUGCAAAGGCCAUGAUGAUGAAGUAGGAAA